AGACUGCAUGCAGUUUAUUGUACUUUGACACUUGCAGGACAAGAAGAGACAUCUCUCCCUGGUCUCGGUUGAUCUGCCUGCUUCUUCUUCAGCCUGUCGUGUUGCUCAGUGUUGCAUCUGUCAUGGCGGAGGACAAUCUGUCCGUGGUGCUGCACGCGAAAGGAGACCUCCGGGUGGAAAAGCGCCCCAUCCCCGAGCCAGGACCUAAUGAGGUUUUGCUCCAGAUGCACUCUGUUGGAAUCUGUGGAUCAGAUGUUCACUACUGGCAGCAUGGACGAAUUGGAGACUUUGUGCUCACAAAACCGAUGGUGUUGGGACAUGAGGCGUCGGGGCGGGUGACGAAGGUCGGAUCAUCAGUCAAGCACCUUAAAGUAGGUGACAGAGUGGCCAUUGAGCCUGGCGCACCCCGGGAGAUGGAUGAGUUCUUUAAAAAUGGACGAUAUAACUUGUCCCCUACAAUCUUCUUCUGUGCCACUCCCCACGAUGGAAAUCUAUGCCGAUACUACAAACACAGUGCCAACUUCUGUUACAAGUUGCCUGAUGAUGUGACAUUUGAGGAGGGAGCCCUAAUCGAACCUCUGUCUGUGGGGAUCCACGCCUGUCGCAGAGCCGGUGUAACCCUCGGCAGCACGGUGCUCAUCUGUGGCGCCGGACCUAUUGGGUUGGUCUGCUUGCUUGUGGCCAAGGCGAUGGGGGCCUCGCAGGUCGUCAUCACUGAUAUGUUACCCGAGCGUCUGACAAUGGCCAAAGAGUUGGGUGCAGACUUCCAACUGCAGGUGAAGCGAGGAGACGAACCUCAGCAUCUGGCCAAGAGCGUGGAGGACCAGCUGGGCGCUCAGCCUCACGUUACCAUUGAAUGCUCUGGUGUGGAGAGCAGCAUUCAAACUGCCAUCUAUGCAACACGUUCAGGAGGUACGGUGGCUUUGGUGGGUGUCAGUCCUCAGAUGGUCACUGUUCCUCUGAUCGAUGCUGCUCUAAGAGAAGUGGACAUCAGAGGAGUUUUCCGCUACUGCAACACCUGGCCGAUGGCCAUAGCCAUGUUGGCGUCGGGUAAAGUGAACGUGAAGCCCCUCGUGACCCACCGCUUUCCCCUGGAGCAGGCAGCCCAGGCCUUUGAAACCACGCGGCAGGGUCUGGGGAUAAAGGUCAUGUUAAAGUGUGACCAGAAUGACCAGAAUCCCUGAUUUGACCCGCCGCAGUGAAACAAAUCUGACCUGCCUGAGAGCGACUCAGCAUGACGAGUAGACAUAAACACAAACUGGACAUUGAUCCUUAGGAAGAUAACAGAGGCGGUUCAAAGAGACAAACUGAUUACAGAACUGUAUACUGACUGCAGGUCAGAGACGUAACAAGCAUCAAAUGGUACGAGUCAUUAUGUCUUGAUGCUGAACUUUGUUCGUUAACCGAUAUUUUAAUUGUUUUUAGGCAGGUCUAAUUUGUUCUAUUUUAAACUUGUGCUAAUUUUACAUAUGGCUACUGUAGUAAAAUAAAAUCCUUAAAUAAUAACAUUUUAAUAAA